AUGAUACAAAGGAUUGCCUUCCUCUACACACGACAGACCGACUACAUACUCGGACAUCUCGCCGAGGAGUGUUGGGACAUGUCUUCAAAGAUACAAAAGGUGCAACUAAUCAUCAACAAGAUUGAUAACAUCAACAAGGUCAUGAGAGAGUCCGAUGAGUUGUUGGACCACUUUGUCUCAAUCAUCUCGGUCUCGUUAAACAAGCUGAUCAGGACCAUCCCCAAUCUCAUCAAGCGAGACAUCAUCUCCAAUCAAGAGGUCAUCACAACGUUCUUGGCGACACUGGACUACAAGAAGGAGAAGGAGGUGCAGGCACAGAUUGUCAAGUUCAUCGAUCAAUCAAUCAUUACUAAGUGUUUGGCGUUACAGCAGGAGUUGGUCGACUCAGCAAUCAGCAUCAUCCCGAUUACUUUGCUCGGUGAGGAUGAUCCAGUCAACAUGACGUUGAAGUACACUAUUAAGGUCUUUGAAAAGACCAUGAAGAUCAAGUUCAUCAGACUGCUCUCGUUCGACAUCAUCGAGGCCAUCACCAACAACCUAAACAAAGGAUUGUCAAAGUACUUUGUCAAUGCCAAGUCAUCACCAUCUUGUGCCGAGGAUUACAAGACAUUGAUUGAUCAGUAUGCCGACUCAAUCAUUGGCAACUCUGCCGACAUUGAGAAGGAGAUUGACCGUGUCAACAAGGGCUACUUCAAUCUCUUAAAGAGCUACCACACAAUGCAACACGAGGACCUCAGGUCCAACUCUGCCAACACAUUCGUGUCGUUGAUCAACACUAGUGUCGAUCGAUACAACACACUCUACCUCGAGACACUAACCCUGCACUGCAAGCUGCGGUUCCCAUUCGACGAAAUCAAAGUGGACAGGAAUAAGUCAUACGCACAGGGCAUGAUGGGACCGGUACACUAUGGCAACUUUAGGAAACAAUCAUUCUUCUUCCAGAUCGUGACGCCCAAGAACGACAAGGAGAUGCAGACCGAGUUUCUCAAGCAGGUAAAGGCCACCAACGUGUCAAAGAUGGGUGUGCUGCCAUUGCAAGCCAUCUUCCAACGCAAGGAUGGCGCUCACGACGAGUGGUGGCUCGUGUACAAACAGUUCAGUCCCAUGCUCAAGUACCUCAAGGAGAGCAUCAAUAUGAUCACACUCAACGAGUCUGUGGAAAUGAUGACCCAGGUCGUCAAGGCCGUGGCCAACACCCAAUCCCUCGCGAUGAAGCAUGUCCAUCUCAGAUUGGAGUACAUCUACAUCGAUACCAGUACGACCAAGUUGUAUGUGGCGAUGUUUGGCGAAGUCGACAAGAACAAGGCCAAGUCGGUGGACCCUGAUCCCUACGACAUCAAAUGUCUGGGCAAGGUGAUAUGGGAGUUGCUGCCACGAGACUUUAUUCGACGAUUCAAGAUCGUCAGAUUUGAUUUCCCAAAGAAGCCACAUGGUACACUUGACAAGAAGAUACCAGUGGAGCAUCAAGAUGCUAUCGUUGAACUAAUCCAAGUAUGUUUUGAUCAAAAGACUGAUCAAGUAUAUCCAAAGUUGGAUCAACUUGUUAACCAAGUAAAUCUUGAUAAUGUUUGA